AUAGCCUGUUGCACUAAACCUCGCGAAGAAAAUCCCUUCGCUAAUCCCAAGGUCAAGCGUAAGUUUAUUUGGAGAGUAUUGCUCAUAUUGGACGUGAGUUUUGAGUAUAUGGACCCAAGAUCCAGACAAUUAAAGUAAAACCCCUUUCUUAGGCAACCCUGCUAGUGAGUCUCUUACCACUGGUCAUAUUUUGGACCUAUCCACCAAGCCACUUGUAUAUUCUCGCCUUAUCAUGGAUAUUUUUCAUUCCCGCAUUUAUUGCAUUUAUAGCAGUUCAGGCAAUCCUGUGCUUCGGGAUGAAACUCAUGCGGAAAAGGCCCGUCAAAAUUAUAUUCUUCAUAAUAUGGAUCGUUGUGCAUUCCAUUUUACUAUCCGCGGUGGCCAUCUUUUUUAAACCGUGGGUGAUACUGGUCCCUUGCGGAACUCUGGCGUUUGUGAUACUGCUCAUGGUCAUAUAUUCGAGAUUCGUUCCCUGCCAGAUUGGCCAUAAAAUUCCGUUGGCCUACCUCUUUGCAGCUGGGGUACUUAUCAUCAUUCACGGCAUCUUGUUGGUGUGUCUCUUGCGAUAUUGGCUGCACAUUAUUGCGAACUUCCUGCUAGUAAUGGUUCUGAUCAUGGUUGUUUUGUUCGACCUCGAACUUAUAGUUCACGACAAAACACGUCACAAGUUUGGAAAGCAUGAAUACAUCGUGGCUACCAUGAUUCUUUAUCGUGACGUUGUAUGGAUCAUAAUCAUACUUCUAAUCAUAUUGCUAGUUACCCGAAAUUGUGGCCGCGGUGAAGAUGAGAGUGGUAGUGAUGGUGAUAGUGGUGAUAGUGCUGAAAGUGGUGACAGUGCUUCUUCAAGUGGAGGCGGCUCUUCCUAA